CUCUCUCUCUCUCUCUCUCUCUCUCUCUCUCUCUCUCUCUCAGUUUAGUUCCUGACAGAUCUCUAGCCCUGUGGGUUGACACACCAGUGACGCAGUUCAAUAUAAGCAGCGUACAACGUUUCCUUUCAUGUUGCUGAAAUGGACAAAGUGAAACCCUAUGUGAUUCUGUUCGCCACAGGCUGUGUCUUGUCCAUGUGCAUGGCUUUAGACUGUAACUGGAAGACACAAUAUGAAUACAAGGGGAGAUGUUGUAAAACAUGCCCUUCAGGUGAAUUUCCCAAACAACACUGCAGUGAAAACAGUCCGAGCGUAUGUGAGAAGUGCAAGGGGAAAAGUGACCACUGCUUCUGUAAUAAUGCUUUGUGCGAAAAUGUUGACUGUUCUAAAUGUUCAACCAAUCCACAGUGCAAACAGGGAGAAGAACUCAAGAGAACAGGUUCAUUUAAAUUUGGAUAUAAUUGUGGAGUGUGUACGAACCAAACAUACUACAGUGAGAAGGACAAAAUGUGCAAGCCUAUAAAGGACUGCAGCGAAAUUGGCAUGCUUGUAAUAUUUCGUGGAAACAGGACUCACAAUGCGUUAUGUGGUUACCAAGUCAGUUACCCUAAUGACUUGGUGACUCAUAUUGGCGUAGUGAUGGGUUUAGUCAUCACUGGUUUGGCUUGUCUGGCAAUUCUUAUUUACCUCUGCAUUCAAAGGACCAGAGAACCGAGAACAAAGAAAAAAUACCCUCCAACCUCAAGUUCCCUGAACGUGCCCUUUGAGGAAUGUGGCUGCAAGCUGUCCAAAGAAGAAAUAGGAGAAGUGUAACCUUAACAGUUUCAGGGUUGCAGGGGAGCCUGAAACCUAUCAUAGGGAACUUGAGGCACAAGGAGAAGGACACCCUGGAUGGGAGGGCCAACCCAUUACAGGGCAUAAUCACACACACUACAGACAAUUUGGAAAUACCAAUCAGCCUACAAGGCAUGUCUUUGGACUUAGGGAGAAAACAGGAGUACCCGGAGGAAACCCCCAAAGUACAGGGAGAAUGUGCAGACUCCAUGGACACAGGGUGGAGGUGGGAAUUCAGCCCCCAACCCUGGAGGUUCAAGGCAAAUGUGCUAACCACUAAGGCACCAUGCCCCCAUGCCUGAAUUAGUUCUUGUGAAAUCAGUUGCCAUUAGAAGUCAAAUACAGUGGAGGAAAUAAGUAUUGAACACGUCAACAUUGUUUUCAGUAAAUAUGUUUCCAAUGAGGCUAUUCACAUGAAAUUUUCACCAGACAUCAGUAUUCACUCAAGAAAUCCGGAAAGUUAAAGAAUUCACAACGUUAGAUUCCAUAAAUGAAGUUAUGUGAUAUAAAGUGGAAUGACACGGGAAAAAUGUAUUAAACACGCUAAGAAAAAGCAGUUCUCCAAGGCAAGGAACCAGCUGAAAUCCGUUAGUAAUUAUACCUUCUAUCUGUGCAAAUUAAUAUCAGCUGGGUUAAUAAAUUGAUGGUCUAUAAAAAGGCUUUUCAUUACCAAGGUGUCACACAAGAAUCAUCUCACGAUGGGUAAAAGCAAAGAGCUCUCCUUUGGAAACUUAUUGUUGCAAAACAUAUUGAUGGAAUUGGAUACAAAUUUAUCUCAAAACUUCUGAAUCUUCCAGUAAGCACCAUUGGGGCCAUUAUCUGCAAGUGGAAGUAAUAUGACUCUAUCAUCAACCGGCCACGCACAGGAGCUCCUCACAAGAUUUCUGACCAGGGAGUCAGAAGAAUAGUCAGAAGAGUAACCCAAGAGCCAAGGACCACUCAGAAAGAGCUCCAGGAGGCAGCAGGUGCCAUCGUCACAGAGAAAACAAUAGGCAGUGCACUCCACUGCUCACGCUCACACGCAAGACUCCAUUACUAAAGAAAAGACAUGUCGAAGCUCGUUUAAAGUUUGCUACAACUCAUUUGGACAAGCCUAUGAAACACUGGGAGAGUGUAGUCUGGUCAGACGAGAGCAGAAUUUAACUUUUUGGCUGUCAUACUACACACCAUGUUUGGAGAAGAAAUGGCACUGCACAUCACCCUAAAAACACUACACCAACAGUGAAGUGUGGAGGUGAAGCAUCAUGGUGUUCGGCUGUUUUUCAUCACAUGGUACUGACAGACUUCAUCUAAUUGAAGGAACGAUGAAUGGAGAAACAAAAGAAACUCUCAAUUCGUGUCAGAGAAAAAAAAUCAAGGCAUUAGAACGGCCGAGUCAAUCACCUGACUCGAAUCCAAUUGAACAAGAUUUAAAGACAAUAUGUUUAGAAGAAUGGACCAAAAUCACACCUGAAUACUGCGGCCCAUUAAUUUCUUCAUAAAGGAAGCGUCUUGAAGCCGUCACUACAAACAAAGACUUCUCCACUAAGUAUUAAAUUAAUUUCAGUUAGCGUGUUCAAUACUUUUUUCCCGUGUCAUUCCACUUUAUUACACAUAACUUCAUUUAUGUACUUUAAUGUUUGGAUUUCUUUAUAUGGGUGGAUUUCUUGAGUUAAUACCAAAGUCUGGUGAAAAUUUCAUGUGAAUAGCCUCACUGGAAAUAUAUUUACUGAUAAAAAUGUUGACACGUUCAAUACUUAUUUCCCCCACUGUAAUUAGAUGACUUGAGUCCACCUGUGUGCAAAUAAAGUGUCAUGUGUUCUUACUGUUAAUUACAGCUGUUGCUGGAAGACUCCAGAGUUGAUGGAGAAUAUACCUAAACAAAUAGCAUCAUGAAGUCCAAUGAGCUAUCAAAACAAUUCCAGGACAAAAUUCUGGGUUUGGUAUAAAUAUAAAUCAGGGUUUGGCUUAUAAAAAGAAAUAUUUCAACCUUUAAACAUCCUGCUGAG